UUGCAGAAUGUUUGCCGGCCUGAGACACUGAGUGAGUGAAAUAGAUGCAAAGCCCACUUUGGAGAGAAGGAAUUUAAAGGACUGAGACAGAAGGAAAGAGUCAUAGGAUGAUGCUUGUGAAGGGUAGUCAUACACAAGACAAAAGGAUCCCUCAAAAGUAUGGAACCCCGCUUAACUGAACACAGAGAAUGAACCAGCAGUGCAAGAGAAAACACUACAAAUUAGCUGACAGCUGGUAAAGAAGAUGCUUUAUUUUUGUAGCCUGUGCCUGUGGGAUCUGUGAUGGAAAUGAUGGCUGGCUGUGGUGAAAUUGAUCACUCAAUAAAUAUGCUUCCUACAAGUCGGAAGACGAAUGAGUCCUGUUCUAAUACUGCACCUUCUCUAACAGUUCCCGAGUGUGCCAUCUGUCUACAAACAUGUGUUCAUCCAGUCAGUCUGCCCUGUAAGCAUGUUUUCUGUUAUCUCUGUGUAAAGGGCGCCUCAUGGCUUGGGAAGCGAUGUGCUCUUUGUCGACAAGAGAUCCCUGAGGAUUUUCUUGACAAGCCAACCUUGUUGUCACCUGAAGAACUUAAGGCUGCAAGCAGAGGAAAUGGUGAAUAUGCGUGGUAUUAUGAAGGAAGGAAUGGGUGGUGGCAGUAUGAUGAGCGCACUAGUCGGGAGCUAGAAGAUGCUUUUUCCAAAGGUAAAAAGAACACGGAAAUGUUAAUUGCUGGAUUUCUGUAUGUUGCUGAUCUCGAAAACAUGGUUCAGUAUAGGAGAAACGAACAUGGACGUCGCAGGAAGAUUAAGCGAGAUAUAGUAGAUAUACCAAAGAAGGGCGUAGCUGGACUUAGGCUGGACUGUGACACCAGUACUGUAAAUCUAGCCAGAGAGAGUUCUGCUGAUGGUGCGGACAGUGGAUCAGCACAGACUGGAGCUUCUGUUCAGCUUCCAGUGCCAUCCUCUGCAAGGCCCCUAACAUCAGUUGAUGGUCAGUUAACCAGCCCUGUAACACCGUCCCCUGAUGCAGGCGCUUCUUUGGAAGACUCUUUUGCUCAUUUACAACUCAGUGGAGACAGCAUAGCUGAAAGGAGUCAUAGAGGUGAAGGAGAAGAAGAUCAUGAAUCACCUUCUUCUGGAAGAGUCCCAGAUACCUCUGUGGAAGAAACCGAGUCAGAUGCCAGUAGUGAUAGUGAGGAUGCCCCUGCGGUGGCUGCACAGCACUCCUUGACCCAACAGAGACUUUUGGUUUCAAGUGCAAACCAGACAGUAGCUGACCGGGCUGACCGAUCAGUUGCAGGGGGUGGGACCAUGAGUGUCAAUGUCAGAUCCAGAAGGCCUGAUGGACAGUGCACAGUGACAGAGGUUUAAACAAAUGUCUUCAGCACCACACUCAAGGGUAAAAUGGAUACCUGUAAAUUUCUGCCCACAUAACAUUAUACUCAUCCUUAGUAGUGCAUUGUGGGAGUUGGGGUGGGAAGGGAUAUGGGAAGGACAGACCUGAAAUUAAAAUGUCUAACAUGCCUCUGCUGAAAUUUAUUUAAUGUGAGGAAUUGGGGUGUUGAUAGUUGAGAGUGGUUAAGUAUAACACAGUUUUCUUGACAUCUGUUUACUUUAUAGUGUAUUUUUUUAAGUCUUUAGUUCUUUUGGCUAAUGUGUCCUUGUGCAUUAAUGGUCCUCAUCUGACUCUUGCACUACCUUAUUUUUCUGCAUGGAUUGGUAUAAAAUCUUCACCUAAAUUUGGCACCUGUGAGAUACUUGAUUAUCAUUAUGAGCAGGAAGCUUAAUGUCAAAAAUAGAGUGAAUUUGGGAUUUAAAACUAGAUGACUAACAAGUACUUCAUAUUGGUCUUAUUGAGAUAGAAAUGUAAAGCUGCAGCUAAUAAGUUUCAGAAUCUGUAACACACUUCAUGGUGUUCCUUUCCAUAAGAUUUGCUGUCUUGUCCUUGUACUCUGAGGUUUCUCUUAGUCUGCAUUUUUCUUUUUGAUUAAAAAAACUUUAUAAUUUAAUAAAUACUAGAGUUUAUCAGAAAUGAUUUGUUUCUUGUUUGAGUUUGGAAAAGGGAUGGGGGCACUUUGCUAUUUGUGGCUAGAGAGCUUUUAAAAGGUGAGGUUUGAACUGAUUAUAUUCUAUUCAACCUGUCCCUUACUCAGAAGUCAGUCUGAUUCCUUCAGAAGAGAAUAUGGAAAGAGAAGCUAUCAAUGGGUACUGUGUUUGGAAUAAACAGAUGUGGAAAAAGA